GGCCCCGCCCUGGCCCAGCCCGGCGGACUCCGGGCUCCAUCUGGGAGCGGAAAUUCCUGCAGGGGCUGGACGCCGCGGGCGGAGCUCAGCAUGGAGCCCGUGGACGCCUGGACCCCUGGGAAGGUGGCAGCUUGGCUGAGAGGCCUUGAUGAUGCUCUGCAGGACUAUCCCUUCGAGGACUGGCAGCUGCCUGGAAAGUACCUGCUGCAGCUUUGUCCCCAAAGCCUUGAGGCUCUGACUGUGUGGCCUUUGGGCCACCAGGAGCUCAUUCUAGAUGGGGUGGAACAACUUCGGGCCCUGGGCUCCAAGCUACCUACAGAGAACCUGCAGAGCCUGGCUCAGGGGCUGCUAGAAAGGACCCAGGCCUUCCAGAACUUGGUCCAAGGCCGGUUGGGCAACUGCUCCGAGACUCCCUCUGAUGUCCUCACAGCUGCUGUGGAGCUGAUGCGGGAAGCCCAGGCCCUCCUCUCCUGGCUCAACAGGUACCUCUUCUCCCAGUUAAAUGACUUCUCUGCCUGCCAAGACAUUGGUGUGUUGUGCCGGGAGCUGGGCCAGGUCUUGCAGGAGGACUGCCCAGAGGCCGAGAAGGAAAGCAGCAUCCUGAGGAUUUGCAGUCACGUGGCCGGGAUCUGCCGCAACAUCCUGACGUGCAGCCCAGAGGAGCUGCUGGAGCAGAGGGCUGUGCUGGAGCAGGUGCAGCUGGAUGACCCUUCAGAUCUAGAAAUCCAUACCACCAGCAACUGCCUACACUUCGUGUCCCAAGUAGGUGCCCAGGCUCCCGCCAGCUCCCAGCUCCUGCCAGGAGAUGAGAUUGUCCAGAUCAAUGAGCAGGUGGUGGUGGGCUGGUCCCACAAGAACGUGAUGGAGCUGCUGAGGGAGCCAGGAAGGGUCAGCCUAGUGCUGAAGAAGAUCCCAGUGCCCGAGACCCCUUCUCAGACGCCCCUGGAAUCCCCUCACCUACCAAGCCAGUCCCUGCCUCUGACCCCACUAUCUCCCAGGGUUCCGUCCGAAGGUCUCUUUGCCUUCAACCUGUCUGCAGAUGGAAGUCCUGGAACCAGAGCUGCCUGGACAGACUCUGCCUCCCUUGACACUGAGUCCCUGCCCACGCCCCCUCCAGCCCCAGGCACUGUUUCAGAAAUAACAGCAGAGUCUCCGGAGACAUCUGAACACUCUGACCAGAGUUCCACCCUUGGUCGGAAGAAAUCAAAAGGUAUGGCCACAAGGUUGAGCCGCCGGCGGGUGUCCUGCCGGGAGCUGGGCCAGCCGGACUGUGACGGAUGGCUUCUACUACGCAAGGUACCCGGUGGCUUUAUGGGCCCACGCUGGCGCCGCUGCUGGUUUGUACUCAAAGGACACAACCUCUACUGGUACCGCCAACCCCAGGAUGAAAAGGCUGAAGGGCUUAUCAACAUCUCCAACUACAGUCUGGAGAGUGGACAGGAUCAGAAGAAAAAAUAUGUGUUCCUGCUGACCCAUGACGUGUACAAGCCCUUCGUCUUUGCUGCUGAGACCCUGUCUGAUCUGAGCAUGUGGGUACGUCAUCUCAUUACCUGCAUUUCCAAGUACCAGACUCCAGGCCAGGCAGCCUCUGCCAGAGAAGAAGAUUGCUACAGCGAGACAGAAGCCGAAGACCCGGAUGAGGAGGCUGGGUCCCGCUCCGCUUCGCCUAGCCUGGCUCCAGCUUGGAGUGACCCAUCACCCACGGUUUCACCGUCGCAGAGUCCGAGGACGUCCAUUGGCUCUUCAGCAGACAGCAGUGACAGGGUGCUGGAAGGAAUGGUUCAGGGACUGAGGCAGGGGGGUGUGUCCCUCCUGGGGCAGCCGCAGCCCCUGACUCAUGAGCAGUGGCGGAGCUCUUUCAUGCGGCGCAACCGUGACCCUCAUCUCAAUGAGCGAGCGCAUCGCGUGCGGGCACUACAGAGCACGCUCAAGGCAAAGCUGCAGGAACUGCGGACCCUGGAGGAAGUGCUGGAUGACCCUGAGCUCACGGGAGCAAAGUUCCGUCAGUGGAAGGAACGGAAUCAGGAGCUGUACUCAGAGGGCCUGAGCACCUGGGGAGGGAUACGGGCCCAGAACAGUUCCUCAGCCCCAACCUCUGACUCCAGAGGUCAGUCCCCACAACCCUUGCCCACUGCCUCUGACCCCGAGGAGCCCUCUCAGCUUUUUCCUUUGACCUCAGAGAACAGCCUCCAGCCUCCUGACCUCUGACCCUGGCUAGUGCCUGGCUCCUGACUUCUGACCCUGAGGGCUACGUCAUCCCCAGCCUCUGACAUGUCUAAGACAGCAUGCCCAAGGGGUCUGUGUGAGGCUGGAAGUAGUGCUGGUCCUCGGCAUUACCCGCAGACCGAUCCCCCUAUCCUGGGCUUCCACAGUUUCUGCUCUUGUGUCCCCUGGAGUGGAGGGAACAUGGCCUUCCUCUCUGUGCUGUAGAGAUCCCCUAACCCAUCCUCAGAUCUGGGAUAUAUCUGCCUCCCGGGUCCUCCGGAAGGGUUUCCCAGACCACAUCUGGAUGGGCAUUUAUUUCACAUGAGAGAUGCUUUUCUACCAAAUAAAGUUGAUUUCUCCA